AUCAACAGAUCUAUACAUAUCAAAAAUUAAUUAUUGAUGUAGUUUUCAAUUCUUAGUUUAUCUAUUAUUAAUUAUUGGUAAUGAGCUGAAACAUGGGUCCUUUAAUAAUUGUAGUUCUCUUUCUUGGAAUCUCUACAUACGCCAAGGUUUGCCCCGGGUGUCGAGAAGUAUCUCCUAAUAGUCCUGUGAUUCAUGAGUAUCUUGCAAACACGCUCCAGAGUCUUUCGACUUCACCCAGGGGCUUGAUAAUUCAGGAACAAAUCGAAGUAAAACGCAUCUUAAAAGCUGCCUUUCAGGUGGUGAGAGGAAUAAAAUUUUAUUACGAAUUUGAAGGAAUUGGCUCAAAGUCCAAAAAUGUUUAUGCUUGUAAUCUAGUAUUGAUCAGGAGAGCUUGGCUAAAUGAACGUAACAUUGAAAAAUAUGAAUGCAAAGAAACAAAUAGUUUUGAGCAGAAGAUUUAAUCUUAUAGAGUGAAAAUAAUAUCCAAUGUUAUUAACCUAACCUUUGCUGUGAAGGGAAAAAAUGGCGUGAUGAGGCAAUGCACAAUAGUUCCAGUUUGAAAGAUUGUACCGGAACGUUUAACUUGAAAGUACUUCUAUAUAUUUUCAAGAUGCUAUUGAAAAAUGCCACUUACAUGACUUUUAGCACCAGUUGUUUUUAAAAGAAUAAAUCAAAUAAUUCGUUUUAUUAUACUGAUAUUUAUAAAUUAGUUGUUUGUUGUGGUUGUAGGUUUUUUAUAUGUAAUUUAGUUCAACAAUUAUUUACUGGAAGUCUUCUUGUAAAAUAAAAAUCUCAAAAGAAAUGAAGCCAUCACCCAAUAGAAUAAGACUCCAAUUGGUCGCCAUAUUGCAAUGAAAUGGCUACUAAUGAUGUAAUGUUUUCAUGAUCAUCUUGUUGUAAAUAAUGAAGUAAUAAAAAGCCACUGUUCCAAUUGGUUAACUAUUAACCGACUCUCCAGAAAAAGAAGAGACAGUCCUCUGCAGCUUAAGAAUUGGGUAUUGUGAAUUUUCACAUGCUUAUUUACUAAGAGGACUAGACCCACCGAUUUGCGACAGUUAUAAGGUGCAAAGAACAAUCCAACAUAUCAUCCAAGACUGUCCAGUAUUUAAGAAUAUAAGGAAAAAAUUGCAUAUGGCUCAGAGUCUAAAAGAGAACUUCACGAGAUAACGAAAAAGCCGUGGAAAAAACCUUGCAGUUAAAAAUUAUAAAAUUCUACAACAGAGUAUGAAUAGGAAGUGAUGCCAAUGACCCUGCAGGAUAGAGCCAACAAUAAAAACAAAUAAAUAAAUAAUGAAGUAUCCUGAAAUGUGAAACCUUGUGGUUGCAAUUAUUUUUUUGGAUUAAAAAAAUUCAUUAAUAGAUAUCAUAAACAUAAUUUUUUGCAUUGUAUUCUCCCUUUUCUGUGUGGAAAAAGAGAGGUUUAUAUUUUCCCACUGUCAUGACAGUGUGACCACAACAAAAAAUGAUACUGAGUAAGCAGGGUUUAAGAAUGAGGUCAAUGUUACGGACACCAGUGGAUCCAAGAUUUAAUUUUGGGGGAGGGAGCUUCAGCCAGACAGCUUUAUUUUCAUAUAUAUAAUGAUAAUUAUUUUGAAAAAAAAAAAAACUACCUAUAUGAAAUAGUGUUUACGUGAUAUUUGAAGUCCUAUUAAAUGUAAUUAUUUUGACUUAUCACCCCAACCAUCAUUCUCUUGAAUAAUACCUUAAGAGAUAUUUUUUUAAUAUUUCUUACCAUAAAAGAUGGUUCCAUUUUACCAUUUUGGGGAGUGGGAGGCUUCAGCCCGAAAGCCCCCUCCAUCCCCGUAGAUUCACCUGUGGUUACUGAUACCAGGGUUGCCAGAUUGGGUUUUUUCCCCUAGGUUUAGUUUUACUUUCUUAUCCUUAUGCAAUUUUUAUGGUUCAAAUGUUGUAGGGCUUUUAAUUAGGAUGAAAACGUUUUAGAACUUUUUCAUUUUAUUUGUUUAUUUUUUUACCAAUGCGUUCACUAUUUUCAUCUUAUUAGAAACUUCCCCUUAAAAUGAGAGGGAGAAAUAGUUUGAGAAUACACCUCAAAUUUUUAAAUUAAUUUAUUUACCAACUUUUGCAAUGAAUUAAAUUAAUAUAAAAAUAUUAAAUAAAAUUGAGUAAACCUUUUUUAUAAUUUACACCCACCUAAUUCUAGAUGGAUAAUAUUCAUUUCAAUAAUAGAAAAAUGAGAAUUAAACAUUUAGGAUUAAUGUGGGGGAAAAUAUAUUAUGGUUUGGCAACCCUGAUUGAAGAUAAAUAAACAUAAACAAAAGCCAAUAUUAGAUUCUAAGACUGAUGCUAGAUUCUUUAACCCUAUUUGCUUUGUGAAAUCGAAUUAACUAAAUCUAGUGAAAUCGUAGUAGGUGGUCUAGAUUUUAAUGCAUAUUUUUUUAAAUUUUUAAAUACGUCUGCUACUCAAUUCACAGACAGUUUCAAUAAUGGAAUCACAAUAAUAAUAUGGUCCAAUAUAUUACUAUUUAAUUUUAAGAAAAUUUAUAAUUAUUAAGAAAAUACAUAAAAGUAAAUCAACUGAACAGAAAAAUCAAUUAUUGAAAAGAAAAUCAAAAAUUUUAUUAUGAAAUGUGCAAAAUAAGGAAUAUGUUUUGUUUUUUUAUGAAUUAGAAUAAAGUUGUUGAAUAAAGUGAUAAUUUAACAAUUAAAUGUUAAAAAGAAUAAUAUAUUAUUUGAACUCAAAUAUAGUUUAUACACCACUAUUAAGUUCAAAAUAAUGUAUUAACUAAAUGAACCGGAUACAGUAUUAGCAAAACAUUAAUAGAUAUUACAAAUACUUUAGUGACAUUCUUAAGGAUUGCACGACUAGACCUGAUUCAGCAGUUACAUCGAUGGCUCAAUUCGAAACUGAGACAACUAAAAAAUUAAUGGUUUUCAGUUUUCUUCUGAUACGAGUAUCUAUGUAAUUUCUUCUUCAUAGUACAAAACCAAGAUCUAAAAAAUUACCUAAUUUAAUUUUUUUCUUUUUAUUACCUAUUCUUAUUUGUAUUAUAAUAGAUAAUUUUAUAGAUCUUAGUACAAAACUGCACUAUUUCAAACUCCCUUAAUUAUCAGUGUAAAAGUUUAUGUUUCAUUACAGAAUAUUUCAUUUAAUUGUUUUAAGUUUGUUCAAAACUUUUGAGUUCGUUUAUCUUAUAAUUUUGAGUUUUGAGUUGUUUCAGUUUUGAACUGAGCCAUCAAUAUGUUAUUUUAAAUUAUUUUCUAUGAACGAUUUCUGUUUAGUUUGAAACUGAAAAAUUAAACAACAAUAAAACAAGACGGUAUUUUUAUAACUACCUACUGCUAUCACAAAAGUUCUUGAUUUUGUAUUUACUUUUAAUUUAAAAUUUUUAUAAUACUCCUUAUCGAUAAUUUUAAUUUCUUAUAUUAUAUAUGCUUACCGUAUCGUUUUUAAAAAUGGUAUUUGGCCACUGUCAAAUGUAUAACGAUAAAUGAAAUCAAAAUGGAUCCUUAUAAAUUUUCGAUUUUUUUUCUGAGGUAAGAUAUUGUGUCAUUUUUGAUAGUAUGUUAUUAACCGCGAAGAUACUAACAAACCACGAUAUUUCCGUUAUGUUUCGUUUUUUAUAAUCAUUUAUUUAUUUAUUUUUAUAUAUUUAUUAGUAAUUGUAAAUCUCGUUUAUAUUGUUGAUUAUGACAGAUUAUACUACUAGAACUGUGAAACAUCGUAAUUCCAAAAGUGUUUAAAUUAAAUUAAACGUUAAAUGUUUAAAAACAUGUUCGUUUUCAUUACGAAAUUGUGAACUCCCUCUCUCCCCUCCUGACUCCUCUAAUUUUAUAAUUAAACCUUUUAACAACAUUAAAUAAGACCCAACAAAUGUUUAUACUUGAUUAUUAAGAAUAAUUAGUAACGUGAAACUCUAUUUAAGACAUAAAAAAUUGAAAAUAUACCGAUUUAUUGCGAUCGAAUAAAAUAUUGUUUUCUCUCUUAUAGAAAGUUGACUAUUUUGGAGGAAGGAGAUUUUAUAUUUAGGUAGACGAAAUAUUUAGUUAAAAUAAAAUAUUAAUUUUGUUGUAAACAAGUAUUUUUUUAAGUUAGAACAUAAACGGAGACUACUCAUAACUAUGAGUAUAUUACAUCAUUUUAUAAAAAUAAUUAUUAUUACAAAUAAAUGAUUGAUGAGUUAAAACUAUAUUAGUUUCAAAUAUUAACAGAAACUCGAAAAUUAUCAAUGUUUAAUUAAAACUGAUUCACCUCCAUAAAGUACCUUGCCCCGCCACGUAAGAAAGAAAGAAUGCGAAAGGCUGCGCAUGCGCCCCGAGGACCACUCCAGUUACUAAGUUGGUUCUAUAUCAUUUGUUUGUUCCUCUAUUUCUCAUUCAUUACAGUCGUUGCAAUGUCAUCAGAAAAGUGUUUAAUGGGCGGCCACAAGAAAAAGGACCCAGAAGAUCAGGAAAUCAAGGACUUGCUGAGCAAGGCUGUUUCUAUACACAACUCAAAAUCAAACGAUGAAAACAUAUUAGUGAUCAAAAUAGUAGAAGCCACUUCUCAAGUUGUGGCUGGUUUGAAAUACAAGUUAAUUUUCAUUGGAGAGGGAGACACUUCGAAGAAACAGUAUAACUGUGUCGCUGAGGUCCUCUCCCAACCAUGGAUCAGCCCUGAGCCUCAACUCCUGUCUUUAAAUUUGUCACCACUGUAAAAAUAUACUUAAAUAUCAUUUAAAAACUGUACAGAUUAUUUUUGGUAAAUUAUGGUAUAUAAUUUAUGUAAUUAAUAAACAAUGCCUAUUGAUUUGAUGUAUAACCCCUG